AUGAAAGACCGGCUAAACGAGCUGCGUGAAUUUGCCAGGUUACACAACCAGCAGUUUACUGAUAAUGAAGAUGAUGAAAAUUCACCCCGUGAUGUUCUCCUUUAUGAGACUGACUAUGCCUUGGAAAUUCUUCAUAAAGACAUACAGAACAUCCGGACAGAAAACGACCACCUAAAAGAGGAUGUCAAGCGGCUCAGAAAGCAAAACAGCCGCUUCCUUACUUCCAUGCGCCGUCUUAGUAGUAUCAAACGAGAUACUAAUUGUAUUGCCAGAGACAUCAAGGCCCGCGGAGAAAGCAUCCACAGGAAACUCCAGGUAAUGAGAGAUUUCAGCGAGGAUGCGAUAACAAAAUACGGGGCAAUGUCUGUCAUUGCCAGGGUAGCGAAGAACCACUACGUUGACCUCAUGCACGCCUUUCAGGAAGCUAUGUUUGAAUACAAUGCAACAGAGAUGGACCAACGGGAGAACUGCAAGAUUCGAAUUCAGCGGCAGCUAGAGAUCAUGGGCAAAGAUGUUUCUGGCAACCAGAUUGAGGAGAUGAUCGAGCAAGGCAAGUGGGACGUCUUCUCUGAGAAUCUCUUGUCAGACGUUAAGGGGGCUCGCUCAGCCUUAAAUGAGCUAGAGACACGUCAUAAGGAGCUGGUGAAGUUAGAAGGUCGCAUUAAGGAAGUUCACGAGCUCUUUCUGCAGGUGGCCCUGCUCGUGGAGGAACAGGCGGACACCUUCGAUGUCAUUGAGAUAAAUAUGCAAAAUGUGGAGGACUAUGUAGGAGAAGCCAAAGAGCAAGUGAAAAAGGCUUUGGAAUACAGAAGAAAACACCCCCUCAGAACAAUCCUCUGCUGCUGCUUAUCCUGUUGUAGAAGGUGA